CUUCCUCUUCUCCUCGCUUCCCCGUCGCCGCGAACCUCCCGAUCCCUCCUCCGCUCGCCCAUCGCGCCAGGUGGGCUCGCGGCGAUGGAUCACGCGGAGCUGACCACCGAGCAGGUUCUCAAGAGGGAUAUUCCAUGGGAGUCAUACAUGGCAAAUAAGCUGAUUUCUGGGACAUGUCUUCAGCUUUUGCGACGUUAUGAUCACAAACCAGAAAGCCAACGAGGUCCUUUGCUUGAUGAGGAUGGGCCAUCCUAUGUUCGUGUGUUUCUGAAUAUCUUGCGGAACAUCUCCAAGGAAGAGACUGUUGAAUAUGUACUUGCCCUGAUUGAUGAGAUGCUUGCAGCAAAUCCUAAACGAGCAGCACUGUUCUAUGAUAAAUCUCUCUCUGGUGAAGACAUCUACGAUCCUUUCCUAAGAUUGCUCUUGAAAGGUAACUGGUUCGUGCAAGAAAAAAGUUGUAAAAUAUUGACCCAAAUAAUAAGUGCACGCCCCAAGAUUCAGAAUGGCAUAAUUCCAAAUGGAGAGGCUUCAAAUUCAAAGAGCAAGCUAACAUCUACUCAAGAUGUGUUAAGAGGUUUGGUUGAUUGGCUCUGUUCUCAGCUGAGGAAUCCUACCCACCCAAACUGUUCUGUUCCAACUGCUAUGCAUUGCCUUGCCACUUUGCUGAGAGAGCAAUAUGUUAGAGCUUUAUUUGUUCAGGCAGACGGUGUAAAACUGCUCAUUCCUUUAAUUUCUCCAGCUUCCACGCAACAGUCAAUCCAGCUUCUCUACGAAACUUCCCUCUGCAUCUGGCUUUUAUCCUUUUAUGAUGCAGCAGUUGAUUAUUUAUCUACUACAAGGGUCAUGCCAAGACUUGUAGAGGUUGUGAAAGGUUCUACAAAAGAGAAGGUUGUCAGAGUUGUUAUCAUGUCUAUCCGUAACUUACUAGCAAAGGGUGCAUUUGCUGCCCAAAUGAUUGAUCUCGGAUUGCCGCACAUAGUACAAAAUUUGAAAGCUCAAGCAUGGACUGAUGAGGAUUUAUUAGAUGCACUGAAUCAGCUAGAAAUUGGACUCAAAGACAACCUGAAGAAGUUGAGUUCAUUUGAGAAGUACAAGCAACAAGUUCUUCUUGGCCAUCUUGACUGGUCUCCAAUGCACAAAGACCCAAGUUUCUGGCGCGAAAACAUUAAUAAUUUUGAAGAAAAUGAUUUUCAGAUUCUACGUGUGCUUAUGACAAUCAUCGACACAUCAAGCGACACAACUGCUCUUGCUGUCGCCUGCUAUGACCUCUCACAGUUCCUCCAGUACCAUCCUUCUGGACGCAUAGUGGUGGCAGACCUGAAGGCGAAGGAUCGUGUCAUGAAGCUCAUGAACCAUGAAAAUGGCGAAGUGAGGAAGAAUGCCCUACUUUGUGUGCAGAGGCUUUUCCUUGGUGCGAAGUACGCGAGCUUCCUGCAGACUUGAGACCGAGACAGGAACUCAUAUGAAGUUUUGUAUUUAUGCUUUAGAGCCAGAGAAACCCCAGACAAUUUGUCAUAAGUGGUGAAACGAGAAAGGCAGACCUCGAAAAUUCAUGUCUAGUAUAUCCUGUUAUUUGAUUUACUGAACCGAUGUAUAAUAAAUAAUCAGCCAUUCCUUGCUCGAUGUAAUAAAGUGUCACAGAGCUUGAUUUUUCCUUUCCUCUGAAGAUGUUUUUGUCCGAGGAAGCACGCACGUGUCAUGUAUAAUAUUUCCAAUUUUUGUGA